GCUUCUCAAAAUUUACGGUGCGUUUUUGCGCUUGUUCCGACACCCGAGUCCCGAACGCGGCCGCCGUACGCGUUAUGGCCAUUUAAAUAAUUAAGUUGUAUCAUCGCAAUCAUAAUGUUGUAGAAAUAAAUUGUUGUUUUAUUUUGUCCGUUGCGGUUGUUUAUAUCCUAAAUUACUGUUUAUAUUUGAAAAUUCUAUCUUUAACGGCGUUCACUUUGUUGAUAAAACGUGUCUUAAGGGAAAAAAGCUGGCCCGCGCUUCUUUUGGCCAACACUACCGCUGCUAGUCAACGUCGUUGCGGUGUCCAAUUCAUUAAUAGCUGUCCUGUCGUCCAAAUAAAUCCAUCAUGUCUAUAACACCAUUUAAGAAACGUGUUUGCUACUACUAUGAUAGUGACAUAGGAAAUUAUUACUAUGGACAAGGUCAUCCAAUGAAACCUCACAGAAUUCGAAUGACACAUAAUUUGCUUUUAAAUUAUGGUUUAUAUCGCAAAAUGGAAAUAUAUAGACCUCACAAAGCUACUGCAGAAGAAAUGACUAAAUUUCAUAGUGAUGAAUAUAUACGAUUUCUUCGAAGUAUUCGUCCUGAUAACAUGAACGACUACAAUAAACAAAUGCAAAGAUUUAACGUUGGGGAAGAUUGUCCGGUUUUCGAUGGAUUAUAUGAAUUUUGUCAGCUAUCUGCUGGUGGCUCAGUAGCGGCAGCUGUAAAACUAAAUAAACAAUCGGCAGACAUCUGUAUUAAUUGGGGUGGUGGUCUCCACCACGCAAAGAAAUCUGAAGCUAGUGGUUUCUGUUAUGUUAAUGAUAUUGUAUUAGGCAUAUUAGAGUUGCUUAAGUAUCAUCAACGUGUCUUGUAUAUUGAUAUUGAUGUCCAUCACGGCGAUGGUGUCGAAGAAGCUUUUUACACUACAGACAGAGUUAUGACAGUUUCAUUCCACAAGUAUGGAGAAUAUUUCCCUGGUACUGGAGACCUCAGAGAUAUUGGAGCGGGCAAAGGAAAAUAUUACGCUGUUAAUAUUCCUUUACGGGAUGGAAUGGAUGAUGAUAGUUAUGAAUCUAUAUUUGUACCUAUUAUUACUAAAGUCAUGGAAACGUUCCAACCCAGCGCAGUUGUUUUGCAGUGUGGUGCUGAUUCGCUAACGGGAGAUAGACUUGGUUGUUUUAAUCUCACUGUGAAAGGUCAUGGAAAAUGUGUUGAGUUUGUUAAACGCUACGGUUUACCAUUCCUAAUGGUUGGAGGAGGUGGUUAUACAAUCAGAAACGUAUCCCGAUGUUGGACAUAUGAAACAGCAGUUGCUUUGGGGGCUGAAAUAGCAAAUGAAUUGCCUUACAAUGAUUAUUUUGAGUAUUUUGGUCCAGAUUUUAAACUUCACAUUAGCCCUUCAAAUAUGACAAAUACAAAUGCUACUGAAUACUUGGAAAAAAUUAAGAACAGGCUCUUUGAAAACCUAAGAAUGUUACCCCACGCUCCAGGUGUUCAAGUUCAAGCUAUUCCUGAAGACGCUGUACAGAAUGAUUCCGAAGAUGAAGAUACUGUCAAUCCUGAUGAUAGAAACCCUCAAUCAUUACAAGACAAACGUAUUGCUCCUGAUAACGAGUUUAGUGAUAGCGAAGAUGAAGGAAUGGCUGCUGGUGUUGGUGGCGGUGGCCGUAAAGAUAAUAGAUCUUAUAAAUCUGGAACACCUGCUAGAAAACAAGCCCGUUUAGAUUCAAAUAAAAUGGAAGUUGAUGAGCCAGAAUUCAAUAUUAUGAAAGAUGACAAAGAAGAUAAGUCUGUUAGUUCUGAUGAUUCAAAUAAAAAAGACUCCGUAAAAUCGUGAUUGUACAACACUAAAAACAAAAAUGUAAAUAAUAAUAAACAAAAACAUUAUUUCUUGACAUUAACUGAACAAUGUCGUUCGUGUACAUAACACACUUAACUAAUAUGGCGGUAUAAUGUAAUUUAGUAGAUUUGUUUUAUUAGUUACUGACUUACAGCUUGUGAUGCUGAACUUAAGUGAUAAUAACAAUGAUCUUCAUUCAUUUGAAAAAUAAAACAAAUUAUUAGGCUGCAACGACAUUAAAAAUUGACAUCAGAAUUCUUUUUUUUAUAUAUUUAUGUAUAGUUAAAUUUUUAUAAAUUCUGAUAAGUAUUUUUUUAUGUGUACAUUUAUUUAAUGCAUACUGUCAAAUUUCACACAGCUAAAAAAUGUUUGAAUGGAUGUUAAUAUUGUUGGCCUACUAGAUAUACACCAAUGAACUUAAAAUAUGGUUUUUUAAGGUAAAAUUUAUUGUAAGAUGUAGCUUUUCUUUUGAAUAUUUUCAUUUUUACACAAUAUUAUUAUCCAAUAUGAACAACGUGUGUAAGAACAGACAUUAUUAAAUUCAAUUUCUUGUAUUAUGUUUUAGUAAUUUAACGAGUUUUUUUUCUGCACCAGGUGUAUGAAUUUUACCGCGAAAUUUACAGUACAAUUUUAUGAAUCUACUGAUUAUUUUUUUCAUAUCUGUAAUCUAAAUAAAAUAGCUUUAUUAAUAGUAAAUUAGUUUUAAAAUAAGACCUGAUGUAAGAUCAUGAUCAUUUG